UUCACACGUGAGCCGUCAAGUUUCACCGAGUGUCCUGGACGCGUUUUGAUCUGAGCAACGGGGCCGCUUCCGGGGGAGAUGUGUCCAUAUGGUUGUGGAAGAGAAGUUUGAUGACAAAAACUUAGAAAAAGAGACAACAUGGUCAACCGCAUCUUCAUCUGCCUUUCCUAAACACAAGAUCUGAGAUCUGUGCUGCUGCUAAGGUGACCCGAGCAAGGCCUGCUUCAAUAGGGUCUGCCAUGUUCCCUGAUGCCCUAGAAGCAGUUGGGCGGGUGGAGGGCCUGCCGCUGUCCUCCCCGCAACCCCUGCCAGAGCUGGAGGAAGAGGAACCAGAGGCGUCAGCGGAGAGGGGGCCAAAGAGUCGAGGCCGCUACCGGCAAAGCCUGCAGCUUUUAAAGCCCUUCAGGAUAACUCACAAGCACCAGCACCCAGUCGACAACGCCGGCCUCUUCUCAUUUAUGACUCUGCACUGGCUGUCCCCGCUGGCACUGAAGGCCUACAAGGCGUCCAGCUUGUCCAUAGAUGACGUGUGGGGACUGUCUUGCCAUGAAGCCUCUGAAAUCAACUGCCAAAGGCUCGAAACUUUGUGGCACGAUGAGCUGAAAAGGCGAGGGCGAGAGGGGGCGUCCCUGACAAGAGUCUUCUGGAGGUUCUGCCAGACCCGCAUGCUGGUGGCCACCUUUUCCCUCCUCCUCACAAUGGUGGCAGGCUUCGUUGGGCCCGCUCUCCUGAUUCGAGCUCUCCUGGAGUAUUCCCAGAGCUCAGAGAGCUACGUGCCGUACGGGCUGUCUCUCGUAGCCGGGAUCUUCCUCAUGGAGCUGAUGCGCUCCUGGUCUCUGGCGCUCAUGUGGGCCGUCAACUACCGCACUGCAGCACGCCUCCGUGGGGCAGCUCUUACUUUUGCCUUCAACAAGAUCCUCCGCCUACGCAGCACUAAAGACAUCGGCCCAGGCGAGCUGAUCAACAUCUGCUCCAGUGAUGGCCAGCGGCUGUAUGAAGCGGUGUCAAUGGGCUGCCUGCUGGCUGGGGGGCCCCUUGUGGGAAUGCUGGGUGUGUCUUACACUGCAUACUUCCUGGGCCCCACUGCUCUGCUGGGGUCAGCCAUUUUCAUCCUCUUCUACCCAACCAUGAUGCUUGCAUCGAGACUGACGGCGUAUUUCCGCAAGAAGUGUGUGGCGGUGACUGACCGGCGCGUGAGGCUGAUGAACGAGAUCUUGUGCUGCAUAAAGUUCAUCAAGAUGUACUGUUGGGAAGAUGCCUUUGCACAGAAUAUUCACAAGGUGCGAUCAGAGGAGAGGGGGAUACUGGAGAGAGCCGGGGUCGUCCAGAGCCUCACGGUGGGAGUGGCUCCCAUUGUCGUGGUGAUAGCAAGCGUGUGCACUUUCACCCUACAUAUGGCUUUGGGUUAUGACCUUACUGCAGCUGAGGCUUUUACUGUGGUCGCAGUUUUCAACUCCAUGACCUUUUCCCUCAAAGUCACACCGUUGGCUGUGAGGUCACUGUCGGAGGGUGCAGUCGCAGUCAAAAGAUUUCAGCGGCUCUUUGUGAUGGAGGACAGAGAGGUUGUUUUGGGCAAAACGGAGGAUCCUCGCAAUGCAGUGGAAUUUCAGGACGCCACGCUGGCUUGGGAAAAGGCGCGCCCUCCGGCUGCAAAGCCUAACCCGCUUCCCAAGAAGCGAGGAGGAAUGAAGCGCGUCCUGCGCAGGGAGAAGCUCAGCCUGUACAUUUCCACAGAGGACAGCAAAGGAAACAAGGAAGGACCCAACGCACAAAGUCUCCUCACAAAUAUGGAGCAGGAGAGUCCACAAAGCACCAUCUCCUCCACCCAAAGCAUACGACCUCCGCUGCACAAGACCCUGCACCGCAUUGACCUGCGCGUUAAGAAGGGUUCACUGGUUGGAAUCUGUGGAGGUGUCGGUAGUGGAAAGAGCUCUCUUCUGUCUGCUCUGCUGGGACAGAUGACCCUGCUAGAGGGAAACGUAGCGGCCAGUGGUGGCUUUGCUUAUGUGUCACAACAAGCUUGGAUCCUCAAUGACUCACUGAAGGAGAACAUCCUGUUUGGAAAUGAGUAUGACCAAGACAAAUACAAUGCUGUCCUGGAAGCCUGCUGUCUUCUCCAGGAUCUUGCAGAGCUCCAGUAUGGAGACAUGACUGAGAUUGGAGAGAGAGGUGCCAACCUGAGUGGAGGGCAGCGUCAGAGAGUGAGCCUGGCACGUGCCCUCUACAGUGAACGGCCCAUACUCCUGCUGGAUGACCCCCUGAGCGCUGUUGAUGCUUGUGUGGGUUCCCAUGUCUUCCGUAAAGCUAUCAGGGGUGUUGCCAAAGACAAAACAGUGCUCUUUGUAACCCACCAGCUGCAGUACCUGUCUGAGUGUGACCACGUUAUUCUGAUGAAGGACGGGCAGAUUGCCGAGUGCGGCACCCACGCUCAGCUCAUGGCUAAAGAGCGCGACUAUGCCACCCUAUUCAACAGCAUGCAACAGGAGAAUCUGGUGAAAAAGAAUUUAAAGAACAAACAGCAGAGGACGGGUGCCGAGAGGGCUGACAGCGCUGUUGAUGUUGCCAAGGUCGGACCAAAGGUGGAAAACAAGAAAGGAGAACAACUGAUGAAAGCUGAGGAGAAGGGCUCUGGUGCAGUCAACUGGUCUGUGUAUGGCGCCUACAUCAAAGCAGCAGGAGGUCCAGUAGUCUUCAUCAUCAACGUAUUCCUCUUCCUCUCAACCACAGGCAGCAUAGCCUUCAGUAACUGGUGGCUGAGCCACUGGAUCAGGCAGGGCAGCGGGAACACAUCAUUAAUCUUGGUGAAUGAAACGACGGCGGGCAACAGCAUGAGACUCAACCCUCACAUUCAGUAUUAUUCAACUGUUUACGUCGUGUCAAUGGGAGCCGCUUUAUUGCUGAAGACGAUGAGAGGGCUGGUGUUUGUGAAGUGCACGGUGAAGGCUGCCUCCGCGCUCCACGACAAGCUGUUCCGCCGGCUCCUCCUCAGCCCCAUGCGCUUUUUUGAUACAACACCUCUAGGUCGUAUCCUGACCCGCUUCUCCAGAGACAUGGAUGAGGUUGACGUGCGUCUCACCAUGCAAGCCGAAAUGCUGCUGCAGAACCUGACCCUGGUGCUGUUUUGCUUGGGAAUGGUGGGCAUUGUCUUCCCCUGGUUCCUGAUCUCCAUCCUGCCCCUGGGAGCCUUCCUCUGCAUUGUCAACCGUGUCUCCAGGGUUCUGAUUCGCGAGCUGAAGCGCCUGGAGAACAUCAGCCAGUCGCCGUUCACCUCUCACAUCACCAGCAGUCUCCAGGGACUCUCCACAAUCCACGCUUAUGGAAGAGGCCACGACUUCCUCCAAAGAUAUCAGGAAUUACUGGACACCAACCAGGCCUCCAACUACCUCUUCAGUUGCGCUAUGCGUUGGCUGGCUGUCCGCCUGGAUCUCAUCAGCAUCUCUCUUAUCACUGCUGUAGCACUUCUCAUUGUCUUCAUGCACAAUCAGAUACCUCCGGCCUAUGCAGGCUUGGCCAUAUCUUACGCAGUGCAGCUGACCGGCUUGUUUCAGUUCACAGUGCGGCUGCUCACAGAGACUGAAGCUCGGUUUACGUCAGUUGAGAGAAUCAAUCAUUAUAUAACGUGUCUCGAGAGUGAAGCGCCCCGUCGAAGUCCUGAGGCAGCUGCUCCUGCCCCCUCCUGGCCUCAGCAGGGAAGGAUCACCUUCCAGGAUGUGGAGAUGCGGUAUCGUGAUCAUCUGCCGCCUGUGCUUAAGAAUCUGUCCUUCACCACCCUGCCUGAGGAGACCAUCGGCAUUGUGGGCCGCACAGGAUCAGGAAAAUCCUCUCUGGGUGUAGCUCUGUUCAGACUCGUGGAGCUGACCAGAGGCUCUGUUAUCAUUGACGGAAUCAAUAUUGCCCAGAUUGGUCUGGAUGACCUGCGAAGCAAGCUAGCCAUCAUUCCUCAAGAGCCGGUGCUCUUCAUCGGGACAGUCAGGACCAAUUUAGACCCCUGGGAUCAAUACUCUGAUUCCCAGGUAUGGGAAGCUCUUGAGAAGACACAUAUUAAAGAGAUGGUCAGCCAGCUGCCUCAUUCGCUCCACUCAGAGGUGACGGAGAACGGAGAGAACUUCUCAGUGGGAGAACGACAGCUGCUAUGUGUGGCCAGAGCCCUGCUGCGCAACAGCAAGAUUCUUAUAUUGGACGAAGCCACAGCAGCCAUCGACACUGAGACAGAUCGCCUCAUCCAGGAGACCAUUCGCUGUGCGUUUGGCAGCUGCACCACCCUCAUCAUCGCCCACCGUCUGAACACCGUGAUGAGCUGCAGCAGGGUCAUGGUCCUGGACAACGGCCAGAUUUUGGAGUUUGACAGUCCCGCUGCUUUGCUGGCAGAUGAGAACUCGAGAUUCAGGGCCAUGAUAGAAGCAUCAGAAAACCAAAGACGUUAAAAGCCACUGGGGCUGAACCUUGGAUGUGAGCGACGACACCACAAAAUCUUCAGUGGAAUACCUGAAUUGCACAAAAAUAACAGAAUGAACUCAAUCCUGCCACGGUGCGAAAGUGACAUGUUGAGAAAUACAGAGGCUCUUGUUGUGGCUGCUAUGUGUAACAAUGUCUGUUUAUUUCCAAAACCAAAGACCCAGGGACCACAUCUCACUGUGCAAAAAAGACGUAACAGCCUCCUGCUCUUUGCCGCUGUGUCACAAGAGUUAAUUCCUGGAGGCCAAAUAAUUAACUACAAAUGAAGGAGAGCAAUGACUCUGACAGCAGCACUUUACAUUUCAUGUGGACACAUCGAAAGACAUGCAGUGCUUCCUUUUCCUCUGGAGGCCCGAGAAUCAGUGAAACUCUAAAUUAGUUUUGUAUUUACAUGACUACCACCUCACAGUGUAGGAAUUCACUGUCAAGAAUUUGUGUAUUAUUAUUAUUGAUUAUUCAAUACAAUAUAUCUAAAAACAAAUCACCUAUUAACCAUUCCUCGUAGGUACUGUUUAGAACAUGCUAUACAAUGUUCUGUUUCUUUUUUAUGUUUCAUGCAUCUAGUUCAAUGUUAUAAUGCAGUAAUUUCAGUAAGUUAUUGCAGAUGUGAUACGUGCCUGGAGCUGUAAACUUUUUCAGGUCAUAUAAUGGAGUUAGCCAUGUAAACAUGCUUUUUUAGACUGCGUGCAAGUACUGUGUGUCGGGACGAGCUAAUGUUUCCUCUAAAUCCAAAUGCUGGAGUUUAAAAUCUGCACUUUUUACACUGAUGGUAGCAUUUCUACCAGCAAGGUAAUGCUGAUGUUGAGCAAAUUAUGUUAAACAGUUGCGAUUAAGGUUACGAACCAUGGAACAGUGCGUAAUGUGCAACAAAGCUGAAACUGAUCAGCAUCAGGAUGUGUCUUCAAAUGAAGUGUUUGCAGAAAGCUGGAGAUUGUAAACAUCUGCCUUAUAAUCAAGUAUGUGCUGAACAAUCAAGAAGAGUGCAAUAUCUUUCUAUUGCAUCGAUACAUUUUCAAGGUUGCCUUUGUACACUUGAGAUUGUAAUGUUGCGAUAUUUUUUUGUAAAUGAUUGAUUUGUGUCAUUAAGGGUAGUAUUUUUCAAUAAAAAAUAU